AUGGGGUCUAGAUCUCGGAAUGAAAAUUUCCAGUCCGGCGAUGGAGCUAGUCCUGGGAAGAUAUUCAUCGGUGGAUUACACAAAGACACCACUAACACUGUGUUUAAUAAGCACUUUGGGAAGUACGGGGAGAUUACAGAUUCUGUCAUUAUGCGAGAUCGUCAUACCGGACAACCAAGGGGUUUCGGUUUCAUCACCUAUGCUGACGCUUCUGUAGUUGAUAAAGUUAUCGAAGAUGAUCAUAUCAUCAAUGGCAAACAGGUUGAGAUCAAGCGGACUAUUCCGAAAGGUGCUGGUGGCAAUCAGUCAAAGGAUAUCAAAACAAAGAAGAUUUUUGUUGGUGGUAUACCCUCAACUGUUACAGAAGAUGAACUUAAGGACUUCUUUGCCAAGUAUGGGACUGUGGUGGAGCACCAGAUUAUCAGAGACCAUGAAACAAACAGGUCCCGUGGUUUUGGUUUUGUAAUUUUUGACAGUGAAGAGGUCGUAGAUGAAUUAUUGUCCAAAGGAAACAUGAUCGAUAUGGCAGACACUCAGGUGGAGAUCAAGAAAGCAGAACCAAAGAAAUCUUCAAACCGUUCACCUCCUCCUUACGGUAGUCACCCUAGAGGUCGUUCGAUUAAUGAUAGUUAUGCCGGUUAUGGUGGGCCUUAUGGAGGGUUUGAUGGGUAUGGUCCUCCAGGUCCCAUUAGGUCACAUGGAGUUCCUGCUAGUAGGUUUCCUGGGGGAUAUGGGUAUGGUCGAGGCGGUGUAGGUACUGAAUUUGGAGGAGGGUAUGCUGGCUAUGGGGGUGGUGGUUUAGGAGGUUACCGGAAUGAACCUCCCCUUGGCUAUUCUAGUCGUUUUGGACCUUAUGGGAGCGGUUUUGGUGGUGAGGGUUAUGGUGGUGGAGGUUAUGGUGGUGGUGGUGGUUAUGGUGGAGGAUAUGGUCGUGGAGGAGGGGAAGGCUAUGGGGGAUAUGGUGGUGCAGGUUAUGGUGGUGCAUUUGAAUCUGGUGGUCCAGGUGGCAGUUAUGAAGGAGGAGGUGGUGGUCCAUAUGGGAGGGGUUAUAGUAGCAGUAGUCGAUACCAUCCUUAUGCAAGAUAA